AUGGCACGAAAACGACAAGCGUCGGGUUCCAACUCCGCCCCUCCCAGUUCUAAGAAACCCAAGCAGGCACGCGGUAAAGGCAAGAAAGUAGGAGAGCCUACUGAAACCGCUCCUACAGCUGGCGUGAUUGUAGAAGAUACAAUCAACCAGGCCCUGGAAAAAGCCUUUUUAGGAACUAUAUUGGUGGAUGUUCGGUACCUCAGUGUCCAAUGGGAGAACCAAAAGAGAAACAGAGAGCUCCAGCCCAGUUUAGUCGCCCGCCUUAAAGAGGCAUUCAAGAAUGGGAUCAAGAGAUAUGCUAUUGAGGAUCACCUGAAGGCGACUACUACCGAAGCUGAAUUUGAUCGUCUCCUUGAACUCAACUUUCCUCUCAACGAAGAACGGAGAGAUGCUGAUCUUGCCCAUCUUCGCACUCGCGCAGCGACCCAUUCUAGUCUUAAGGACACUAUGCUUCAUGUGACAACAGUGCCACCCGACACCCCACUUACCCUGCGAAACGGCCAACAUCGGGUGCAGGCACUCGUUGAACUUUGUGAUGAACAGAAGGAGCUUGCGGCGGCCGGUGCCUUUGACGAGUCUGGCAACCCUAUUGGCGAACCAGUCAACGACGAUUAUCUGUGGGCUGUGGACGUUUACGACAACAGCCAACUCCAGACUGAGACCCUUGAUGCGUUGAUUUCCAACCGCGAUGUUGUUCGAAAGAAUAACUCCGAAGGCUAUAACGCGCUCAACAUCAUCACAUACAUCGAACAGUUGGAUGGUAAAGAGAGAGCUGAGCGCCUAAAGGCCACCAACUUUAAGCGGUGGCUGAACAACGUCUUCGGGGUAAACCUCACAUACACAACGCGCAUGAUCUCUAUCCUGAAGGAUAAACACCUGUCUAAGAUGAUCCGCUACUAUUGUGGUACGAGAUAUGGAGAGAACGUUUUCAAUUGGUCCUUAAUGUCUCGCAUCCAAGCGGGAAAGCAGACAGAGGGCCGUCCACUUGGCCAACUGAGACUUCUUUUUUUCCCUAAACGCGAAGAUUACUGGGUGGAGUAUACUGAUGCUCCCCCGGGAAAACGCAAGACACCGUUCCCAAUCUCGAAUGACUACUCUAGCAAAUUGGAACUUCCCAAACUGGAUUCCCCCAUUGUUAUCCAGAAUCAGGAGUUCUCCAACAGACGGCCUGAUUUUCUGGUCAAUCUCUCUGACGCGUCAUACAAGGAUGUUUUCAGAAAUCUCCAUACCCAUCAGAACCUCUACUGCCCCACAUGGAAUAAUUGGGUUGAUCUGGAGAAAAAUGUCUCGUCCGUUGUGUCGAAGAUCUUACAUCAUAUAAUGAUGUGGAUCGAGCCUUCCUGGAAACUCCCAUCAAAGUCAAGUCAUGAGUGGAUAUCAUUCAGCUGGCUUGAACAGAUUGAAGCGUUUGUAUUCCCGGAAGAAGAUGACUCGGCGUCUCCAUCAGAAACAUCAAAACAGAACGCAUGGGAAUUUCUUCAGAGUCUGUGGGAACUUGUCCGCAAUGAAAACUUGUGGCAGGAUUCAAGUCUCCAGUCCUUCCUAACUGUACCCGAAUCCACCUUGAGUGACGAUCUUGAGGAAGAUGAAGAGAAUACCCCUAAGAAAGGUCGAAAGACAUGGGAGAGCGAUGAAAGACGCCAUGAAUAUCUUCGUCGUUUCCAAUAUAUCCAUUGGAUCCAGGUUGUGAAGUUGGUCAUUGAAGCGCGACCAGGCUGUCUGCAGGGCUUCAUGAGCGAAUUUAAUGAUAUCGACCGCUUGACCGCCGCUUAUGAGCCAUACACUCCUUGGGGGGACAUUUUCAGCAAAAUGAAUUUCGCGCAGAACAAAAUGUUGCAGAAGACGCCAUGUCUCAACUCGAUGGUGAUUCGAAGUAACAUUGCUUUACAAGGAGAUGUUCUUGGCGCUAUCGUCCACUACCGCCAUCUGAAACAGCAGAUGAUCCUGACCUGCGAAUGGGGCUGGAAAAAACCCGCCAAGAGGAAUCCAUCCAGACCAUUGGUUUUAAUCGCCUCUCCUGAAGAAUACGAGACAGCGGUGGAAGUUUUGCAGGAACUCAGCGCGCUUCUGACCAAGUUCGGUUACAAACCUGACAUUGACGAUUGGAAUGAGCAUCUCCCGUCCUUCACCAUCGAUCGCUCAGAGGAAAUUACCCGCCCCGAAGGUCUAACCCCCAAAUAUGGCUUUCUUAAAGCGAGACCCCCGGCGUACAACAGUCUGGAGGAUGAGGCCAAGGCGAUGGUUAAAGCUCUCCAGACAAGCAUCGUGAAGAAUCGGCUUGAACGGCCUUUACCAGCCAAAACUUUACGUCGUCUGAAAAAGACUUUAUCUAAAGUUGAUCUGGAGACUCCUCUAGAGGCACAGCCGGCUGAGCAAAUUCUCCGUACUGAUGGUACCGCUCUUAAAGGGGAUGACUAUCAUAAAUACCGUUCGAUAAUCCGAAAACUCCAUAUCAAGCUUCGAGAAAUUUUGGAUGCAGAAGACAUUACUCAACUCAGGGAAUGGCGCAAGGAAUACAGGCAGGCUCAUAAUGCUUUUAACGUGUCUUGCUCUGAUGAAUUGUCCGCUGAGAUUUUGGAUGACUAUUCUGAUUCAGGAGAGGGAUCCGACGAAGACGAAGAAGAAACCGAAGGUGGGAAUGGAGAGAAUAGUGGAGAUGGUGAGAAUGGUGGAGAUGGUGAGAAUGGUGGAGACUAA